UUUUGUCACAUGGAUAUUCGGACGUUUGGAAAAAGCCCAAAUAAUGGCUUCAACCGUUUUCCAAAGUAUUUAAAGCGGAGUCGUCCGGAGCUGGAUUAGACAUAGUUCGAGCUUUCUCUUGGAUUACAACUUGUAAGAGACAUCUUCCGCAAUGCCAGGAUUCAAAGGCGCUUUUAUUCUCCUAAUCGGACUUGCCGUCGCCAAGGCACAAUCAAGUACUGGAAACUGUGGAUCUAUCCUCCAGGGAACUAUCAUUGCUGACCAGACAAAUUGCAAUUCAUACUUUGUUUGCAACAACGGUCUCCUUCUAUCAUACACUUGUCCGAAUAACCAAGCAUACGAUUCAAAUAGCCAAACUUGCGUUCAGGACUACAGCUGCGUGAACCAGGUUUCAAUCGACACGAACAAUGGUUAUAAUCCUUACUAUCCAUACUAUCCGAACAACCAAUAUAAUCCUUACAAUCCAUACUAUCCUAACAACCAAUAUAAUCCUUACUAUCCUUCCCCCAUCUACAAUCAACCCAGUGUAAUUUCGAACUCCAAUCCAUGCUAUGGCAUGGCCUCUGGAUCUUACGUGGCAAGCUCAUCCUGCAAUCAGUUCUACUACUGCAACAAUGGCCAAGCUUACCUUACAAAUUGCCCGAACGGAUAUAGUUUCAAUCAGGCUCAAAAUGUCUGUUCAAACACUCCUUGCUACACUUAUUAGUGGGUUAAAUGUUCUUCGUAGCCGGAAGAUGCAUUCUAAUUACGAUUAACUUUAAUUGUGUACAAUAUUAAAAUAAUAAUUAAUAAAAGCAUUAAAUUUA